UACGCAGUAUAGAAGAUAUGAAGACCUAUCAAUCAUCAAUAUUAAUAUAUAUUUAUUUGAUAUGGCUAGAUGCAUGAGCUGGUUCAACUUGGUGGCAGUAAUAAACGUAUAAAUAACCAACACGCACGCGUUUACGAUUUAGUACCUCACACUUAGUCGUCCAGAGUCACUGUCAGAGUUAACUGACCCCAAUGACAAGGAAGUGUUGAAAAACAAUGAGAAGCUCAAUCAUUUAUAGUGUCGUAUUAUCGUUGCUUAUCACACGAUACAGUGCCCGUGUUGUUUUAAAUAAAUACAUGUUGGAUAGAACACAAUUUCUCGAAGAAGAAGAUAAUUUACAAUUAGGAAGCUCUUUACAACUAACCGAAGAAGAAAAUGAAGCGAACGAGAUCCUAAUGUAUUGGAAAAACAAAGAAAUAGAGGCGUCUUUUAAAAAUUCAACGCCAUUUCAAUUGUCGAAGCAUUUUUUCAAAUAUAAAAAUGAAAUAGCCAAGUCAAAAGUUUAUCAGAUAAUUAAGAAGAUGCCUAAGGGUGGUGCGUUACAUAUACACGCUUCAAUGAUGCUAGAUGCAGACAGUUUAUUGGAAUUGACGUAUGAAGACCACUUAUACGCUUGCUACAUGGACGAUGGCAGUCUAAAAUUACACUUCUCUGACGCAGUGCCGUUAGUAUUGUGUCCUGUUAACUGGAAACUCCUUAAAGAUCUUAGGGACGCAUCCGAUGACGUAGAACAGUUUGAUGCGGAGUUGAGAAAACAUUUCUCUUUGUACACUGAAAAUGAUGAAUUAUUAAAUGCUGAUAUCAAUGAAACGUGGGAGAGAUUUCACAAAGUGUACAGGACCAUAAAAAAUUUAAUUACAUACAGACCGGUGAGAGAAAAAUAUUUUUAUAAGGCACUACAGAACUUUUACAAUGAUAACGUUAUGUACGUGGAAAUUAGAAGUGGUUUACAUGAUAUAUACGAGCUUGAUGGCACUACCCAUGAUGCGCUUUAUCUAGCUGAACUCUAUGAAAGGAUUACAAAAAGAUUUAUAGAUGAACAUCCCGAUUUUAUUGGCAUCAAACUUAUUUUAACUUCCGGACGUUGGUCGAGUAUAGAGAAGGUUCGUGAUACUAUUAAUAUGGCAAAGGAGUUGAAGACUAACAUGCCUGGUUUACUGGCUGGCUUUGAUUUAGUAGGACAGGAAGAUAAAGGUAAACCUCUAAAAGAUUUCCUACCAGUUUUAAUAGAAGCAAGAGAUGAAAUUGACUUUUAUUUCCAUGGUGGUGAGACGAAUUGGUUUGGAACGACUAGUGAUGAGAAUUUAUUUGACGCUGUACUAUUGGGAACUAAAAGGGUAGGUCAUGCUUAUGCAUUGCUGAAACAUCCAACACUGUUAGCUACUAUGAACCAAAAAGACAUUGCGUUGGAGAUGAAUGUUAUAUCUAAUGUUGUUCUAUCGUUAGUGAAGGAUGUGAGGAAUCAUCCGUUGGCUUCAUAUUUAGCUUUAGGAUACCCAGUUGUGUUAUCAAGCGAUGACCCCGGGGCUUGGGAUGCUGACCCACUUUCGCAUGAUUUUUACGUAACUUUUGUUGGUGUUGCCAGUGUACAUGCUGAUAUUAGAACACUGAAACAGUUAGCCCUCAACUCAAUACGUUACAGUGCUUUAGAUGAAGACAGGAAAAAAAGAUUUUAUGAUAUCUUUAAUGAGAAAUGGACGAUUUUUGUGAAAAAAAUCAUAGAAGGAGGACUUAAUUAGUUUAUUGUGCUUAUUUAUAUAUCUAUUAGGUAUAAUUGUAUUUAUUGUUAGAAACAAGACUGUAUUAAUAUUAAUAAAGAAUUUGAGUUGUUUUAUUUUUUUGACAUUUGAUUUUUGUAUGUAUUUGUACGAUACGUGCGUGUAUAUUGUGAUAAAAAAAAAUUAGCCGAUAUUGUUUCAUAAAAUCGUAGGGGAUUGAGUACCUAUUUACCAUAACGUAUAUUUUUAACACAUAUUACAAAUUUUCCAAAUCCUUUGAUUUACCAUAAAAGUUAAUAAUAAGUUAAAUCGAGAAUUAUAAAUUUAAUUAUCAUCAAAUAUAUCGAAUUUUAAUUAAAACAUAUCAUGAUUGAUUCGUCUGAAUAGACAUAUAAAAAUCGGCUAUUUGUAUAAAAAACGUGCUAAAAUAAACAUUCCGAAACAAAGUAUUUAACAUUAUGUCUUUUCAAAAGUAUUGUAAUCCUAAUUUGUUAUUUCAAACCAAAGUCUUUUGUGUAUACUUAAAAAUCUUUAGUUCAAGCCUAUGUAUGGUUCAAGCAUUCAUAGAA